ACCUGUAAACAAGUUCGUUUCUCAAACAGGAUCUUUCUCGUGAAAGAGUGAACAACGAUUUCAACAGGCACCAUGCAACAGCUAUCUACCAUACCCAAAUUGGAACCAGAAACCAUAGAAGUUUUCAUCAAAGAAAAUGGUUUUACCAACGAGAGCGACAACGGCAAAGCCUCUCGUAGGACACGAUCUUCGUUGAAAAAGAUUGUCGAUAACGUCGUCGUCGAGAACCUGAAGAUUGAAACCAGCACCAAAAAGGUCAGCGUCCAAGGAUGUUUGAAGGAAGCAGCCGCGGCUGCAGCUGGCAUCUCAAAGUCGAAGAAAAGGCUAGAAACGAAAGCAACAACAACUAUCCUGGAAGUGCACACCAUCAGAGCGGAAUUCCAUGAGGUGGUUGGUGAGAUAACCACGGUCCAGUGUGCCGAAUGUGACCGAACCAAAGUGAAAUGCACUAAAAUUUACUCGUAUUUGAUCUGGUUGCACCAGAAGCAGCAGCAAGUUAUCCAAGAAAUUGAAAACAUGGAGGAAAACGAACCCAAGAAGAUCAAACGAGAACGCAACGGUGCCAGCGUGCUUCAACCGGUAAACUUGGACACCGCCCCGCCCAAGGUUGAACUUCCCCCAUUGCCAAAACUUAAAAAGGAAGCGGUUACCGUGUCCCCGAUGGAAAUGGAGUCGGCUAUGAAGCUGUCACUCUUUAAUCUGAUUCGGGAAUAUUCCGGUAACGAUCCCCACGAGUUCCUCCAAUUUUGCGGAAAACGAAUGGUGGAGGAAAACUGCGGAAAGGCGCAGAUUCUAACCGUGGAGCAGGCCGACACCGAUUUGUGGCACGAGUUGCGUAAAGGCAGAGUCACUGCAUCGCGUAUGCACGAGGCCUCUCGAUGUACCAUGCUGAAUGGAUCGCUCACCGGUAAAAUCAUGGGUAUCAGCUCCGGCUUCUCGUUCGCCAUGAAAAGAGGAACCGAUUUGGAAGGCCACGUGUUCGCCGUUCUGCAGAAAGAGUACCGUUCCCUCAGGAACACCGGACUGGUGCUGGAUCCGGAGUUCCCCUGGAUGGGUGCUUCGCCAGACGGAUUGGCCGAUGAUUUCGUGCUGGAGAUCAAGUGUCCUUACACCCCCAAUACGUACGCGUGCUACAUCGACGUCAACAAACUGUCCAAAAAGUACUUUGCCCAGAUUCAGCUCCAGAUGCACAUGACCCGCAGGACGAAAGCGCUGCUCGGAGUGGCUGCGCUUGAUUUCGAGAAAACCAGAAACGUGACCAAGGUUUGGAUCGACUACGACAAGGAGUAUGUGGAUAAGGUGAUGGACGAAUCGUACGAGUUCUGGCAGAAAGGAGUCUUCCCAGCUCUGUUGAGGAAACGCAAGGCCAAGAAGUGAAUCAUUC